AUGCAAUCGGUCAACAGACAAUUGCACGAGAUGUCGGUGGGUGACCCUUUUUUCCCGCACCAGGGCUCACAACAUCAGCAACCUCCAGGGAUUGGAACGCAGUUGUUUUCACCUCAAAUGAUGCAGGGACGGCUGCACCAGCACCAGCAGCAACAGCAGCAACAACAGCAACAACAUCCGCAAGAACUGCGUGGAUUGGACGGGAAUUCGGGCUUGCAAAACGUGUAUCUGCUGAAACAAAAAAUGGAAGCUGCUAACGCUGCAUUUGGACCCCGUCAAGUACAGCCUCAACAGCUUUUGAACAACGGUCAAAACUCGCUCCCGGGCUCUUUGGCAGCCUCUGUAGGGAAUUUACCACCUGGGGUGGGACUCGUGCAACAGCCAGGAGCUGGGACUUUGGGACUAUCUUCCACAGCCGCAGCAAUGGCACCUCCUCCUCCAACUCUCUCACAAGCUCCUCAGGCUCCGCUUACAGGAUCAUUUGCAUUACCACCCCCAAACCACUUUAUGGUACGUGACGUGUGGAGCAACAAUUUGCAUGCUGAGUUUGCACAAAUUAGAAGACUGGUAGCCCAAUACAACGUUGCAGCCAUCAGUACGGAAUUUGUGGGUACCAUUGCAAGGCCUAUGGGCAAUUUUAGAUCAAAAAACGACUAUCAUUACCAAACAAUGCGUUCAAAUGUGGAUCUUUUGAAUCCCGUACAGGUUGGGCUAUCUUUGAGCGAUUCGCGGGGCAACAAACCCGAAAAUGGACCUUCGACCUGGCAAUUCAACUUUCAUUUUGACGUCACUCAAGAAAUGGUCUCAGCUGAAUCUUUGGAACUGCUAAAGAAGUCGGGCAUCAACUUCGAACGGCAUCAAAACCUGGGCGUUUCCGCUUUCGAGUUUGCGCAUUUACUCACAGACUCAGGUCUGAUAUCCAGCGACGUUACGUGGGUUAGUUACCAUGCCGCAUACGAUUUCGGAUUUCUGGUUAACAUGCUCAUGAAUAAUGCCAUGCCCAACAAUAAAGAGGACUACGUGUGGUGGGUCCAUCAGUUCAUGACAAAUUUUUACGAUCUCAACCUUAUCAACAAGUUUUCACAGCAACAACUUCAGCAGAAUCAGAAACAGAAACCUCCCGCACCACAACACCCGCAGCCCACGCUUGAGGCUAUGGCCGACGAGAUCGGUAUACCUCGGUUCCCACUAUUUUCUUCGACCGCUGGUCAAAGUCUGCUGGCUCUAUUAACUUUUACGCAUUUAUUCCAGCUUCGCAUUCCUCAUCCGCAGUUGGGACCUAGUUUGGCUCGAUACAAGAACAUGAUUUAUGGAAUCACGAACGAGUAG